UAACUUCAAAUAUUAAUGCGCCUAUAAUUACAACAAUUAUACACACAAAGCAUCAUUAAGAUUAUCGUCAGAUUCAGCCACGUGUAUUAUUAAGUGACUCUCUAUAUUGUAAACGGUAGUAAGGUUCGCCGUUUCCAUCCUCGUGCGUGAGUGAUGAUCGGUAGAAGGAUUUGGCAGAAGCGGCCUUGGAGCCGGAACUGGAGCUCCGGCCGGACAUUGCUGUGUCCGUACACCUAUCAUGAGUCAAUUACGUCUUCUUUGCCGGGGCUGAAGGCUCCAGUGCUAGGUUUUCUCUCUGGUCAUGCUUCACUAUUGUUUGGCUCGGCUAAUAAUAAUCUUAAGGACUUCAGCAUCCCCUGUGCAGUGAAUAGAUGUAGCUACUCAAGUCAUGCUUUGGCAGAUGUUCCGGUAGGUGGAGUAGUUGAUGUACCAUUGGCACAAACAGGUGAAGGUAUUGCUGAGUGUGAACUCCUCAAAUGGUUUGUUAAAGAGGGGGAUCAAGUUGAUGAGUUUCAACCACUUUGUGAAGUUCAGAGUGACAAAGCAACUAUUGAAAUAACAAGUCGUUACAAAGGAAAAGUUGCUAAAAUUCUCCAUGUUUCUGGAAACAUUGUGAAGGUUGGUGAAACUCUACUAAAGAUGGUUGUUGAGGAAUGUCUUGUGUCAGCACCUAGUUCAGAUGUUUUGGAAAGUGCAAAACCACCAGGUUCCAAGGACAUGAGCUUACCCAAUUCUAAGCAGAAUGAAAAUGCAAUGGGUGGAAUUCUAUGCACUCCUGCUGUAAGGCACCUUGCAAAGCAAUAUGGUAUAAAUUUAAAUGAUGUCCGUGGAAGUGGUAAAGACUGGAGGAUAUUGAAAGAAGAUGUGGUUAAAUAUUCUGCUCAGAAAGGAAUUGUUGAAGCUUCAUCUGCCAGUGAUAGUUCUGACUCAGAAGAAGGAAAUGACUCAUCUGCAUUUGCAGAAGUUAUUUUAGAUGAUAAGACAGUCCCCUUGAGGGGAUACCAGAGAACAAUGGUCAAAACCAUGUCCAUGGCUGCUAAAGUCCCACAUUUUCAUUAUGUCGAAGAGAUAAAUUGUGAUGCGCUUGUGGAUCUUAAAACAUCUUUUCAAAAUAAUAAUUCUGAUCCAAAUGUUAAGUACACAUUCCUUCCUUUAUUGCUAAAGUCACUUUCAAUGGCUUUGAGCAAAUAUCCCUUCAUGAAUAGUUGCUUCAAUGAGGAGUCACUUGAGGUCAUCCUUAGAGGUUCCCACAAUAUCGGAGUUGCCAUGGCUACUCCAAAUGGUCUAGUUGUACCAAACAUAAAGAAUGUGCAGUCCCUUUCCAUUGCAGAGAUAACGAAGGAGCUGUCACGCUUGCAACAAUCAUCAAGGGACAACAAGCUUAGUCCUGGAGACAUAUCUGGUGGAACAAUAACUCUAAGCAACAUUGGAGCAAUUGGUGGAAAGUUUGGAUCUCCUCUUGUCAACUUGCCUGAAGUUGCAAUCAUUGCACUUGGCCGAAUACAGAGAGUUCCACACUUUGCGGACGAUGGAAUUGUGUACCCCACAUCAAUAAUGACGGUUAAUAUUGGUGCAGACCAUAGAGUUCUGGAUGGAGCAACUGUUGCAAGAUUUUGUAACGAGUGGAAACAGUUUAUUGAAAACCCAGAGUUGCUGAUGUUGCAUAUGAGAUGACUGGUUUUCACUUGCAUCAAGAUGAUGUGUCUUCAACACUAGUCAGCAUUUCCCUGUAUAUACAAACAAAACAAAAAGUUCGUAUGGCAAGAAAACCUGAAAUGUAAUGCCGUGCCAACAAAAUAUUUAAAACAUUAUGGCUACUUCUGAAAAUGGAUUCUUAAUUUGAACCUGUCAAAUAGAUUCUACGGGAGUGCCAUCUGAACUAAAUGUAUUCUGAUUCAUAUCAUUAGUGGACUCCAUCCAACCAUUCAAAACUUA